AUGGCAGACAACAAUGAUGGGGGGCCACCUCCCGGUCAAGGCGACGCAGAGGCAACAUCACCUUCCCCCAAUCCCGCGCGAAGACGAGCACCGACGAUCACCAUCGACACAUCUGCAGUGCAACGGAACAGUAAUCCUAAUAUGGAGCACGAAGUAGGAGAGGAUAGCACGAGUGGACUACGGCCUACUAACCCUCAAUCAACACCAACUGAGCUUCAAGGCAAAGCCAGCUUCGAGAGUAAGGAAUCGAGGCCUACUAGCCCUCACAAUGUCUCGUCGCCGCAACAGUGGGGGAUGCCACAGGGGUUCCUAUCUGUGCCGACAGGGCGAAGUAGAGGCGGUAGCGACGCCAGUGAUGCCGAAACUUCAUCGACCUCAGACGUUACGUACGUCAACACACGGACGGAGACCGAUGCGCCGAAAGCCUUUGGCGAUUCCUCGAAGCACGACAAUGGCGACCACCCGAUAUUGUCGGACGAAGAGGCGUUGAAGCCGGACCCUGGUACCGAGGACGACUUUCAUCGCGAGAAUAAUCCAUUUGCAUUCGCCCCUGGGCAUAUGACGAAGCUCUUCAACCCAAAGAGUCUAGGUGCCUUUCACGCUCUUGGGGGACUCUCAGGGAUGGAGAAGGGCCUGAGAACAGAUCGGUCGAGUGGUCUCAGCGCGGAUGAGCAGAAUGUUCAGGGUGCGAUAUCCUUCGAGGAAGCGACAGCAGUGGGUACUCCUUCGUCGGACAAGACUGUUGUGGAGGAGCCCGAAAUGGCUUCUGGCGGCGAGAAGUCAGGCAAAGGCACUUUCGACGACCGGAAACGCAUCUUUGACGAGAACAAGCUGCCCGAGCGGAAGCCAAAGAGCAUUUUCGAACUGAUGUGGCUUGCAUACAACGACAAAGUCUUGAUUGUGCUCACUGUCGCAGCCGUCAUUGCGCUCUCUCUGGGAAUAUACCAGGCCAUUGCCUUCAACGGUGUCGAGUGGGUCGAAGGUGUAGCCAUCAUUGUGGCCAUCACUGUCGUCGUCAUGGUCGGCGCACUCAAUGAUUGGCAGAAGGAACGACAAUUCGCCAAGCUGAACAAGAAAAAGGAUGCUCGCAACGUCAAAGUCGUCCGCUCGGGUAUGACCCAGGAGAUUGAUGUUCAGGAGAUUCUGGUUGGAGAUGUUCUGCUGGUCGAGCCUGGUGACAUUCUGCCCGUUGACGGCAUCUUCAUUACUGGACACGGCGUAAAAUGCGACGAAUCGUCAGCUACUGGAGAGUCCGAUGUCUUGAAGAAGACGGCGGCCGAAGAAGUCUACCGUGCCAUGGAAGCUCGCGAGCCACUUAAGAAGAUGGACCCCUUCAUGAUCUCUGGUGGCAAGGUGACGGAAGGUUUCGGCCGCAUGCUUGUCACAGCUGUUGGCAUCAACUCUUCGUACGGAAAGACCAUGCUUUCGCUGCAAGAAAGUAACGACAUGACCCCACUACAGGCUAAGCUGAACAAGCUGGCAGAGUACAUUGCAAAGAUCGGAAGUGCUGCUGCACUGCUGCUCUUCGUUGUUCUCCUGAUCAAGUUCUUGGCGCAACUUCCCAACAACAAUGCUCGACCAGCCGAAAAGGGACAGCAGUUCAUGACGAUUCUGAUCACUGCUGUCACGAUCGUGGUCGUGGCGGUUCCGGAAGGACUUCCACUUGCUGUCACGCUCUCACUAGCCUACGCCACGAAGCGCAUGCUAAAGGACAACAAUCUGGUGCGUGUGCUUCGUUCCUGCGAAACCAUGGGUAAUGCGACUUCUGUCUGCUCAGACAAGACCGGUACGCUCACUCAGAACGUCAUGACGGUUGUGGCUGGCUCGGUCGGUACAUCUAGCAGAUUUAGCAAUCGUGCCGGUGGCAAUGUGGCCGACAGUGCUGACAACUCAAAGCCGGACCCGAACAAGGACAUGGAGGACGACAUUGAGGACGUCUCUACCUCCGAAUUCAUCGGUACACUUUCCAAGGACACCAAGACGCUAUGGAAGGACAGCAUUGUCAUCAAUUCGACCGCUUUCGAGACCGAGGACAACGGCAAGAAGAGCUUCGUGGGGUCCAAGACCGAGACAGCUCUGCUCGACUUCGCUCGUGAUCAUCUCGGCAUGGACAACGUCCCUAUCGAGCGCAGCAAUGCUGAGAUUACACAGAUGAUCCCGUUCGACUCUGGCCGCAAGUACAUGGCAAUGGUCAUCAAGCUCAAGAAUGGUCAAGGUUACCGGCUGUUCGUCAAGGGUGCCAGUGAGAUCAUGCUUCGACACUGCACUAACAUCAUUCGUGACCCAACUCACGGUACAGAAAUAACCAAGCUCUCUGCAGAGAACAAGAAGACUCUCGAGCAGCUUAUCGACGCUUAUGCCUCGCGAUCUCUUCGUACAAUCGGCAUCAUCUGGCGAGACUUCGAGACUGAUGCUUGGCCGCCAAGAGGAGUCAGACGAAUUGAAGACGACAAGACACAGGCCGUGGUUGAUGACAUCUGCAAGGACAUGAACUUCUUGGGCAUUGUGGGUAUUCAAGAUCCACUCAGAGCUGGUGUGCCGGAGGCUGUGAAGGACUGCGUCACCGCGGGUGUGUUCUGUCGCAUGGUGACAGGUGACAACAUUAUCACGGCGAAGGCAAUUGCAACCGAAUGUGGCAUCUUCACUCCGGGUGGUGUUGCACUCGAGGGACCAGACUUCCGCAAGAUGAGCAAGACCGAGCAAAAGGCCAUCAUUCCCAAGCUGCAGGUCCUUGCGCGAUCCUCCCCAGAUGACAAGAAGACCUUGGUCAAGCGCCUGAAAGAGAUGGGCGAGACCGUUGCUGUUACUGGUGACGGUACCAACGAUGCUCCCGCUCUCAAGGCUGCCGAUGUCGGAUUCGCCAUGAACAUUGCCGGUACAGAAGUCGCAAAGGAGGCAUCCGACAUCAUCUUGAUGGACGACAACUUCGCCUCGAUCGUCAAGGCUCUGAUGUGGGGACGUGCUGUCAAUGACGCUGUCAGGAAGUUCUUGCAGUUCCAGAUCACGGUCAACAUCACAGCUGUGCUUCUCGCAUUCAUCUCAGCUGUCUCGAACGAGAAUGAGGAGUCCGUUCUGACAGCUGUGCAGCUGUUGUGGAUCAACUUGAUCAUGGAUACCAUGGCUGCUCUUGCCCUUGCCACCGAUCCACCAAGCCGUAACAUCCUCAACCGGAAACCCGAUCCAAAGUCUGCACCACUGUUCUCUGUUUCCAUGUGGAAGAUGAUCAUUGGUCAGGCUAUAUACCAACUCGUGGUCACCUUGAUUCUAUACUUCGCUGGCUCUCACAUUCUGGACUACCCACUCGACGACGAGCACAAGCAGAGACAGUUGCAGACGCUUGUCUUCAACACCUUCACCUGGAUGCAGAUCUUCAAUGCCCUGAACAACCGACGUCUAGACAACCGGUUCAACGUGUUUGAAGGCCUCCAGCACAACUUGUUCUUCGUCGGCAUCUUCAUGGUCAUGAUUGGCGGUCAAGUCCUCAUCAUCUUCGUCGGUGGCUGGGCAGCCUUCCAAGCAGAAAGACAAACGGCAUCCCAAUGGGGUAUUGCUUUGGUUCUUGGUGCACUUUCGCUCCCUAUCGGUGUUGUCGUCCGCCUGGUACCCGAUGAACUCGCCGCUGCCGUUGUACCGCCAUUCAUCAAAGACUAUCUCCGUAAGAGGCGAGAGAACAGGAUUGUCGUUACUGACGAGGAGAGUCCCUUCGAGUUCAACCAGGCACUCUAUGACAUCAAGGACGAGCUUGCGUGGCUGAAGAAGUACAAGGGCGGCCGCAUCAACAGUCUCAAGUUCAGCCUAACACACCCCAAGGAGGCGUUCAUGCACAGCAGGAGUCCCAGCCGUAGUCGUGCAAGCUCCAGCUUGCCUCGAACGCCUAACAACGAGGUCGAGACGGAAGAGAUCGGCCACUCGCCGGCACCCCCAACACCAGAUUCACGGCGUCGCGGACGGUCCAGAAGCAACUCUGCCCUGGCUGGUAUUGCAAUGGCUGGCAUCGUCGGUGGCUCCAUUGCCGGAGGCUGGUCGCCCGUCACAGACAGGCGAGAAGGCGACACUGAUAGCUUGCGCUUCGCGCGGGAACGAUCAGUUAGCAACUUGUCUCGCGAGUACAGGCUUGAUCCUCACCCAGGGACCGAUAAGAAGGACAAACUGGUCAUCCAAGAGGAUCCUGUAGAGGCUGCUGGUCGCCAACCACCCAGCCAGGCUUCAAACACGACGCCUGCUUUCGGCAAGGGUCCGUUCGCGGGUGAGCCAAGCUCAGCGCAAGGCAAGAAGGACGAUACCGCGCCUUGA